CUAGCAUCCGCCGACUCCUCCAUCUCAUCUCCCUUCCAUUCUCUAGGUUGUUCUGCAUUAUUCUUUAUCCUUUCAUUCUUUCUUUUUCAUUCUUCUUCAAUUCCUAUCCCAUCUUCGUCGCCGUCAUUCGCAGAUCCCUUGAUUACCAUGGAUAGAAGAGGUGAAAAUUCUGAAGAUUCAAAGAAAUGAAAUUGGGGCAGUGGCUGAUUCAUUGGCGUGAUGAUAUGAAAUUGGGGCAGUGGCAAUAUUGGGGCAGUGGCAGUAUCACUAUC